UCUAUGAUUCUAUAUGAUGGUGGGGGCCACAGAGACUCCAGGACCAACCAUAUGGUGGUCUCCCUUGCUGUAAAGCUUCCAUUACAUACUGGGAGCUGUAGUUUCUUUGGGCUAUACCUGUAUACUAAAGAUAGAGCUGCAUUAUGGAACAUAAGUUUUGGUCCCUCCUGAUAAAUUUGCACAAAUGGAGGAACAAUGAUUUCAUUGGCAAAUCUGCUUUAUGAGCGUUUCAUCGUGGCGCUGAAGCCCACAUUUUUGAAUUUUUCUUUCCUAGCUGGAUAUAUUGCACAGAAAAUGGGACUGCCAAUCCAACUCGUUGCUGUGGUAAAUAAUAACGACAUUAUCCACAGGGCAAUUCAGCAUGGAGAUUUCUCAUUCUCGGGGAGCGUUAAGCCAACUUUAGCUUCUGCAAUGGAUAUUCAGGAACCUUACAAUAUGGAGAGAAUCUUGUGGCUGCUUUCGGACUGUGAUGGCAGCUUGAUUAAAACUCUGAUGGAACAGUUUUACAUGUCGAAAAACCUUACACUCCCAGAAGAAUUGCACAGAAAGCUUUCUGAAGUGCUGAGCUCAUGUUCAGCAUCUGAUGAAGACAUUGUUCAAGCAAUGAGACGCUGUUGGGAAGAUAAUCGCUACCUAUUAUGUCCCCACUCAGCUGUGGCUGUUCACUACCAUUAUAAGCAGUUGGACUGCCAUCUCAGCAACAGACCCAGGUGCUGCUUAGCACCCGCUUCGGCAGCAAAGUUCCCGGAUGCCGUGCUCAGAGCAAAGCUUGUUCCUGAAGUUCCACCUGAGAUCCAAGCUUUAAACGCGAUGGAGACCAGGUCCACAACACUGAGGAGAGAAGACGACUGGGCAAAAACCCUAAGAGACAGAAUAGAAGUCAUCGCCAAGUGCAGACACACAUAGGUGGAGUUCAUCUGAUCCUCAAUAGUGCCAUACCUGGGCAGUUCCAUAUAAAGGACAAGGCUGACUUAAUGAUGCGUAAGCUUUCUGAUAAUUUCCCUUCCUAGGAAAGUCCUAAUGAACUCUGUGAUGGGUUGGAUCACAGAAACCCC